AUGGCGGUUGCUCUGUACGUCCACCAUUCCCAGUACAACACCGUGUCGUUCUCCAAGCCCGAGAAGUCCCGAGUCUGCUCCUGCCCCCAGUGUCUAACAGACGGGGACCCCUGGUUCUGGGAGCUGAUCAACUCAGCUCCACAACCCUUCUUAUCGGAGGAUUAUGAGACUUCAGAGGAUGACUUUAAAUGGUGGAAGGGUGUGCAGUGGGAAAAACGCAACUUCACUCUGUACAACGCGACUCUCAGCAAACUGUUUCAAGUGAUCCCACGUGUUCCGGGCGUGGUGGGAUCGAGCCCGGACCGCUGCAGGACCUGUGCCGUGGUGGGGAACUCUGGGAAUCUGAAUGGAUCAAGUUAUGGAUCUCUGAUAGACGGACAUGAUAUCGUUAUAAGAAUGAAUCGAGGACUGACCAAAGGCUACGAAGAAGACGUUGGGAAGAAAACCACUCAUCAUGUCAUGUAUCCGCAGAGCGCCAUGAGACUGGACAACUCCUCCAGACUGGUGUUCGUCCCAUUCAACAUCUACGACUUGCAGUGGAUAAUCAAUUUAUUCUCUUCUCUCUUUCACUUGGAAAACAGAGCUAAGAGCAGCAACAGGAUCGCCAACAAGGACUUGGUGAUGAUCCUCAACCCGGCCUUCAUGAGGUACGUCCAUGAGGCCUGGCUGGACAAGAAGGGCCGCUAUCCGUCCACCGGCUUCAUCGCCGUCGCUCUCAGCAUGCAGAUGUGUGAUGAGAUCAAUGUUUUUGGAUUCGGAGCUGACAGAGAUGGAAACUGGAACCAUUACUUUGAACAAAUCAAGAACAAGAAGCUGAGGACAGGACCGCACGCUGGGAAUCACGAGUACACCAUCAUCGAGGAGUUACACAACAAGGAGAAAAUUCAAUUCUUUGUACCUCAGUAG